UGAGCUCCCCGCUCCGCGCUGCGCAGCACGCCCGCAAUUCCCGCGCGGGUGGGCGUGGUCACUGAGAAACCACGCCCACGUGGCACGUAACCACGCCCACAAAUGACGUAGCCCCGCCCCCAUCGCGGGACCAAUCAGAGCCACGCGUUGUUUUCAAAUGGGCGGCGGGGAGCGGCUCGGCGGAUGCGCGGCCAUGCGGGGAGCGCGCGUCAAAUCCGCACAACGGCGGCCCCUGCAGGAGCUGCGGCUGCAGCAGGGAGCGGAGCGUACCAACAUCACCCCGCUGCUCCGCCGCUUGCGGCUCAAGGACCACGAUGGCAGCACUCCUGUGCCCCGCACCCGGUGCCCCCCUGGUCGUGUUGCCCCUGGGCUCCCCCGCACUGCUGUCCCAUGCUCCCCCUGCCGCAUUGACUUCAGCCCCCAGAAGAUCCCCCUGGAGCCCUUAGGCAGUGCCACCCCAGACCCCGUCAGCAUUUCGGAACCCUCUGGCCAUGCCACCCUUGUUAAAGAUGCCCCAGAGCCCCCAGAUGAUGUCACCUCAGUGCCUGACACCCUGGUGCCCUCAGAUGAUGCUCCCCAAGAAUCCAGCCCCCCAGAGACCCCCAGCAGGGCCCCCCAAGAGCCCCAUGGCAGUGCCCCAGUGCCCUUCUUCCCAUUCUCUCCCAGCCUCCUCCCCCCACUGCCUCCCUCUCCAGACCACCCCAGCAGCACUUCCUUGGAGCUGCGUACUCCUGACCCUGCUGGCAGCAGCUCCGUGGGGCCCUGCACUCUGGACACCCCUGGCAGCCCCUCCCCGGGCCCCCCAGGCACCUCUACCCCACAGGAUACUCCAUUCCGUAGGUGGCGAGCGCCACCCCCUGAUCUCUCCUGCAGCCCCGUGGCUUCCCAACCUUUGGCUGAGAAUGGGGAUGCGGGUACUCCUCCACAUCACAGUACCUUGGGGAUGGCUGGAUCCCCAAGCCCUGCCCCACCAGAGCAGUGCUCCCCCCAGAUUGAGGCAGUGGGGUCAGAGCCUGUAGACUCAGCAGUGGCAGCCACCCCAGUGUCUUUGUCUGAGCCAUCCCUGGGGGCUGUGUCCUGGAUAAUGCCACUGGUGUGGCUGGAGAGGACCCUCCCUGCCUCGUCCCUGCUGGAGUCCCUGCGGCACAGCCUCCCCCUGUCUGUGUCGUGGCGGGAUGCUGGCACCAAUGUCACCCCAGUGCCUACUACAGCUGUCAGUACUGGUGUCACCCCAGUGCCCACUGUGUCUAUGGGUACCACCGUAACCCCAGUGUCCACUGUACCUGUGGGGAGCAGCGUCACCCCAGUGCCAACCAUGGCUGCAGGCACCACCGUCACCCCAGUGCCCACUGGAUCCAUUGGCACCAAUGUCACCCCGGUAUCCACUGGAUCCAUUGCCACCAAUGUCACCCCAGUGCCCACUGGAUCCAUUGGCACCAGUGUCACCCCAGUGCCCACCAUGGCUGUGGGCACCAGUGUCACCCCAGUGCUCACUGUAUCUAUGGGCACCACCAUGACCCCGGAGGAGAGGAGUGCUGGCACAUCCAUACCUGCUGGUGCCAAGGACAGCGCUGCUGAGACCGACUCUCUGCUCUGGCACUGUCCCCGGGAGCAGCUGCGUUCGCUGCCACGAGCAGAGCUGGAGGGACGGCUGGAGAGCACCCUGAUCAUCAUUGAGGCCCUCUCACUGCAGCUGCGUGACUGGCAGGACUGCCAGCGCCCACUCCCUGCAGUGGGGCCAGCGGGGCAGAGGGAUGCACACACUCAGACUGAUGUCACUCGGCCCCAGGGGGAGGAGGGGAUUUACCACGACCUCUACGUGGAGCUGCGGAGGAAGGCGCAGGCUGUGCAGCGGCAGCGUGGAGCAGAGCAGGAGUUGGCACAGCAGCUGGUGCGGGCAGCAGAGGCAAUGGAUGCAUGGACUGGGCAGCGCCGUGCGCUGUGGGAUGUUGCAGACACCGCUCUGCAGGGCAUGAAGAAAGACCACGCAGCACUGGAGCAGGAGCGGCUGCAGGUGCGUGCCAUGGUGUCCCGGUGCGAGGCGGUGCUGCGCGCUGUGCCCGGAAAGCUGCAGAGCUGCCUGCAGGAGCGGGAUGCUGCACAGCAACACGCGGAUGAAGCCCUUCGUGCUAAGCAGGAGAGCGAUGGUUUCCUGGAGGCGUUCCGUUCCCACGCUGCUGCCCAGAUUGGUGCCCGCACGCAGAGCCUGGAGCUGCAGCAGGAGCUGAGCACGCUGCUGGCAGCUGCUGUCCAACAGCAGGUGUCCCUGGCUGCAGAGGCUCAGCCCUUCCGGGAAUUCAUAGACGUGACCUUUGCCAACCUCCAGGAGGAGCGAGGAGCGCUGGAUGGAGAGAGGGAGCAGGUGCGUGCCCUGGUGUCUCGCUGCAUGACUGCGCUGCGGGACGUCCCCACCAAGCUGCACAGCUGCCUGCAGGAGCGGGAUGCUGCGCUGCAACGGGUGGAGGAAGCCCUCCAAGCCAAGAAGGAGGUGUCCCAGCAGCUGGAGGAAACCCUGGAGGCUCUGCAGGAUGCGGUGGCCCAGGGGGAGCAGCUGGCAGUCACCAACUCACGCCUCAGCACAGACCUGAGCACGGUGAUGAAGCAGCUGGCCAGCCUGCAGCAGGAGCAGGACGCGCUGCAGCAGGACUACGAGGAGCAGAAGGAGAUGAUGAGCCGGCUGACCAAGGAGCGGGAUGUUCUGCAGCGGGAGCGCCAGGAGCUGCAGGAAGCAGCAGAGUGCCGGGAGUUUCUGGACCAGGAGAACCGCAUGUCCCGCAGGCAGCUGAUGGAGGUGGAAGCCAAGCUGCAAUCCACGCUGGCUGAGCUGCAGGAGUGCAGCCUGCAGCACGAGGAGCUGCUAGAAGCCCACCAGGGCCUGCAGGAGGAACGAGCAGCCUUGCAAAAGGAGCUGGAGAGCACCAAGGCGGAGCUGCAGGACUUGCAGCUCAAGAGGGACAGGGUGUCCUGGUGCUCAGCAGGCAUUGCUGAGAGCAAGGCGAGGCUGCAGAAGCUGGCUGACUGCCUGCGAGCCGCCCUGCCUCAGCAGGAUGAUGAUGAUGAGGUCCCAUCGAGGAGCAAGACCUGGACUCCAGGCUGGAGGACCCCCCGUGGGCCCUGGACCCCCCACAGCAGUGCUUGGACCCCCGUGUGCCGCACACCUGCCCAUCACACACCGCACCGUGCCAGGGGGUCCUUUGUAGGCAGUGUUUUGAAGGCGGUGUCAGGAAGAGAUGGUGAUGAAGGCACUGGAUGUGAGAGCCUAUCUGCCAGGGAUAGGGCUGUAUCCACACCGAAGCCCCCAGAGCCCGAGGAUGGUCUGAUGGAGCAGGCAGCUGAGCUGCGGGCCGUGGUGUCUGACCUCUCUGUGCUGAGCUCCCGCAUGCAAGAGUUGGAGCAGAGCGAGUUCAGGGCGCUGCAGGCAGAGAUCUGUGACCUGCAGCUUCAGCUGGAGAAGGUGACAACUGAGAGCCAGGAGCGGAUGGACACUCAGGCUGCCAGCAUUGCCAAGCUGAACAAGGCACUGCAGGGCAAGCUGCAGAACGAGAAGGAGCUGCAGGACGUUGUGAAACAGCAGGAAGCGAAGAUGCUGCAACUCAUUGACAAGAGUGAGGAGGUGAUGAGGCUGCAGGAGGAGGUGACCCAGCUGAAGCGCUCGCUGCAGCGUGCAGAGACUGAGGCCAAGGUGCUGUGGGAGGAGAUGAGAGGACAGGAGGCCAAGGGGGUCUCAGCCCACGUGCAGGAGCGCGUCCUGCUGCGGCAGGAGGUGGAUAAGCUGCGCUUGCUGCUGCUGGAGAAGGAAGACGAGAAUGUGGUGGUGUCAGGGAAUUACCUGGAGCAGGUGCGAGGGUUGGAGCUGAGGCUCAGCCAUGCACAAAAGAUGCUGCGGAACCACGAGGAGCUGCGGGAGACAGUGAAGGAGGUCCUGCUGUCCCUCCCCGAGGUGCCCCCAGAGCUCGGCGCCCUCCUGCAGCACCUGGGGUUGAAGCCAAACAGCGAGAAAGCUCCAGCUCUGCUGUAACCCACAAGCGUGAAACGUUGCCAUUCUUAACACCAUCGUUAUUUAUUGAAUAAAGUUUGUUGACAUUCA